UAACAUUAGUUUUUGAUGUGUGGCUGUGGGUGAAGAUCGAACGAAAGAAUAAAUAAAUUGUUCCAACUAUUUUUACAGUAUCAAAUUAUUUUAAAUCAGUUUAUAAGAUAAUUCAUACAUUAUGAUUACUCUACUGCCUUGACCCCAAGUACUGUGAAUAUAGCAUAAUACUUUGUGAGUUAUUUUGGUAAUCGGUGACAUUUCAGUGAAGUGCCUAAUUUGAUCAUGGAGGCUAUAGCAAAACACGAUUUCACUGCUACCGCUGAUGAUGAACUGAGUUUUAGGAAAAACCAGGUCCUAAAAAUACUAAAUAUGGAGGAAGACAUGAAUUGGUACAGGGCAGAAUUAGACGGCAGAGAAGGACUAAUACCUAGCAACUAUAUUCAAAUGAAAAACCACAGUUGGUAUUAUGGAAGGAUCACAAGAGCAGAUGCUGAGAGACUAUUAGCAAAUAAGCCAGAGGGUGGAUUUCUUAUAAGGAUCAGUGAAUCAAGUCCUGGAGACUUCUCCUUAUCUGUCAAAUGUCCGGACGGCGUCCAACACUUCAAAGUACUGCGCGAUGCGUCGAGCAAAUUUUUCCUCUGGGUAGUGAAGUUCAACUCCCUCAACGAACUGGUGGACUACCAUCGCACAGCGUCCGUCAGUCGCCUCCAGGACGUCAAGCUCAAAGAUGUCGUGCCAGAAGAGACGUUGGUGCAAGCGCUAUACGACUUCACCCCGCAGGAAGCCGGCGAGCUAGAGUUCCGACGCGGUGACGUCAUCACCGUCACGGACCGCUCCGACCAGCACUGGUGGCAGGGGGAGAUCGCGCACCGCCGCGGCCUGUUCCCCGCCUCGUAUGUGACCGCCUACCACUCAUAGUGCACCCCCGCUCCGCCCGCGCCCGUACCGUGACACCACCACCGGUAAUAGGUAAUACCACUUCUACAUUGCGUUCGCUUACCGUUACUGGUUAUUUAUAUGCCAAUAUUUUAUUGGCCGACUACUAUUACGUCCUCACUGUGUUACGAUAAAAUUCUCCGUAUAGUAAAAUUCAUGGAAAUAUGGCCAUCAACAUCAACUCCGAUAGCCGAACUUACCGAGGGAUUCUAAAACGAAGUAGAAUACUGUUCUUGCAUUAAACGGAAACCCCUUGUGAGACGCUCUACCAGAUGUGACACCAGCCCCUAAAAUCCAAUUAUGUCGGCGGUCUCAAUAACAGGCUUUAUAUCGGACCGGAGUGGCCACUACUUGCUUAGGUAUAAUUGUAAACAGUCAAAUUAUGUCACGAUCAAACCAUAAUUUACGAACUCGUAACGUUUUAAAUAUAUUAAACCGGGUCACUCACGUAGUUUAAGUCGACGAUUGCUCGUGAAGAUGCAUUACAGAGCGAAAUCUGUCGAGCAAUCGUCGACUUAAAUACUUGAGUGACCCUGUUUAUUAUAUUUAAUAUCUGUGUAUCACAGAAGUUUUGUUAUUAAAAUAUAACUCGUAACGUAUUUAACGGUAACCGAACGCACCUCUACGGUCCGCGCGAGGGAUAUGCCUGGAUAACUCGUGCGCGGAUUGGUCUCUAUCGUUUAUUACGUAUCUUUCCGGGCGAUAGUUCUCUUAUCGACCAGUGGGCAUAUAAAAUAUGACCAUUUUGUCCGGUCCAAUCACAUAAUAUUGAUAAGACCGUCCGUCUAGCUCUAACAAGCAUUGAAAUGCGAAAUAGACGGAUUGUUCUUACACCAAUACACAAUUAUGUCGCCUAGCUAAUGUAAAAUGUAACUAAGAGACAGGCAAAGUCAAACAAGAUUUUGUGCGAAAUUAAUGCUAACAUUAUAUCUAAUGGAAAGUAGUAAUAGUUGACAUUGUUGUCAAUUUAAGCGCGCAAAAUACCUUGUUCGGCAUUGCAUGUAGUCAAAGUUAGUUGAUAAGUUUGACAAUAUAUGUAAGUAGAAGGAUCCAUCAGUCAAAUCGCGAGCAUUAUUUUGACAAUAUCUACCGAUUAUGACGACUAGGUUAUGUCUGGUGUAUUCUUUUACAAACCAAUAAACCAUGGCCUCGGCAAUGAGCCUAAAAUGUCUGAAGCGAAUGACUUAACAACCGAUGCUAGUAUAUGGUCAAUAUGGUGACUUUUCACUUAUCAGGCAAAUCAUCCUAGAUGCGUGGGUUCUACAUACUGAAGUGACUAUGGGUGACAAGGACAUAAUCAAAUUUUCAAAACCUGAUAAAUACAUAUUUAAAAUUAUUUAGCAUUUACAAUGUAAAUUGAAUUUAAAUUCUGAUAGAAAGGCCGUGCAUAAGAAUAAUAGUGUUAAAGCCGUCUAGAAUUAAGUUAAGGGCAAGUUACGUGCAUGCAUAUGUGGAGCACCAAUCUUGGUGGAUAAGUCGGUAGAAAGAGCUACGUUCUUUCUUACGUUAGCAACUGCCCUUAAUUCAGCACUGCUCACUAACAACAACUAGGCAAUAACUGUGACCAGGUCAUUUUUGCAGGAUUUAUUGUAGAAACUUGGCAAAUACCACAACAUAUCUUGGAUUUUAUACUUAAAGUACUUCGUACAGCGAAUGUAAAUAAUCCGGAAGUGUUUCGGCGUGUUGUGGUCUCCGCCAGGCCAGACUCAAAUAUCAUACAACUUUAUUGUAAGGGCAUUGCAAACCCCACUUUCAUAACUUUAUGACGUAUCUCAUCCUUAUGUGACGCAUCUCAGCUUAAUAAGAAAUCUAUUAUAUGCCUUCGAAUUUGGCUCAUCAAUUAAACCUAAUUCUAGUACGACAUUUGUAAAUCAAAAAUCUAAUAUACCAUCUAGUUACAUGCAACGUGUCACUUCUAUGCAGUUUGAACUUGUAAACUAGUCUUAAUACAUCCUCUCCUAAACUGAUUAAUACACAAAGAAGAGUAUCUUGUCCCUAUCACAUUUUACGUGACGUCUUUAAGGUUAUAUAUCCAAAAUUUGGAUUCCAAAUAACCGAAAGAAGUGAUAUUUAGUGUGUGACCUUGCCAUAUGCAAAAGUGACUAUUGGAUAUGUAAGGAUAGAUUCUCACUGGGAUAUAUAUUCUCAGUGCAAGUGGAGUCAUCUCAUAGCUCGUAACGUAAUUUUCUAGUGUUCCAUACUAAUAAUAAAGGCAAGCUGUAAGUGUCGUAGCGUCGAGGUCCGUAGCGUUUGGUUUAUGUAAUGUUCAACAUGGUGCUUCGAGUCCAGUCAGUCGGUCAAUGAGUGGUUUUAUAUACACAUAAUUAAUUGUCGUAUUAAUUGUUAACGUAACGCCGUAUGUCCAUGGAACUCAAUAGAGUUCGCAACUGCCUUGUUUUGCAAUACUAUUUUGUAGUACGAAUUGUCAUCGGGAGUACAAAACUUCGUUUCGUGUCGUGUUUUUAUCUGUGUAGUGUUCUGUGUGACGAAUUUAUUGACUACUUUCCAUAUCUUAAUUAUUGUGACAACUCUAAGGAUGAAUACCUGUUUUUUGUCCUCAAAUACGUGCCAGAAUGUUAUUUGUAGUGUUUUUAAUGCCUGUGUUUAGUGUAAAGGUAAUAGGGAUCAACUCUGUAAUUACUGAAUUCCCCCACAAUAUGAUUAUAAUGAUUUGGUUUUAAAAUACGUUUAUGACCAUUAUUUAUCCUUUUUAUUAGUAUAUUGCUCAUUUUAAAUAUUUACCAUUUACAUGUUAAGGAAUAGAGUUUAAGUUCUUUUUACAUGUUUUGAUCUUAUGUUUAUCACGCCUAUACAAAAAUUAUAUAAUCUGGUACCAUAGUCAAGUAGGAUAUACAAUUGUAGCGUCCUCAAACAGCUUAGCUCUCGAUCAGACUAUAGUUUGUGUUGUGUAAGUUGUGUUACGCACAAAUUGUAACGCCGGUACAUUUUGUAUUACCUAAUUACCUAUCCACGAAUUAGUUUUAUGAAUCGACAAUGUUUUUGAUAGACGGAUGUACAGCGAGGAUUUUAUAUGAAUAUACAAAUUGUGUAACACUACGCUUUUUACCGCUUUUGAUGUGUUUAUUUUAAAAUUUUGUUACCCAUCUUAGUCUUAAUAGGGAUGUGAACGAAAAUUUAAUAUCUAAAUAAUUCGAAUUAAUAAUAAUAAAUUAUUAUAAAAUCUAAAUAAUAUAGUGACAUAUGACUCGGCUACUGCAGUAAUUACGAUUCGUUUAGUUUCCUGUGAGAAUAAUGUGUCAUUGUACUUACUUAGCGUUUAACAUGACAUUAGUCAAGACUUUGAAAUUAAUAAAACUUUGAGUGCUCGUUGAUCCAAUGUAGAUAUUUAUUUUUGUUGAGAUAUACCCAAAAUAACUAUAUUUAUGGAAGUAUACCUGGUAGACUUUUUAAUGAGGCGUUCGAGCUCCAUGAGCCUCCCGCUGCCUUUUUGAUUUCCCCCGCAUGUUUGUGUGCGAAAUGCCACGCCGGUGUGACGCCGGUGAGCGCACAUGUGAUGUGAGCAGACGAAGCCGUGUGCACGAGAUAUUAUUUAACGCCAAUUGAUAAAAACGCAGCAAAGAUAUAGUUUCAUCAAAGUCUCGUAUUCAUAUCUCCGCUCAUCGCAUACGCGCCAGCGGCAUUCGCCUUAGAAGUUCCCCUUGAGCAGAGCAUUUAACUGUGCGGCGUCCCUCCGCCGGGAUGUGUUUGACGCUGACGCUUCCCGCUGUAGUAGUAAGUGCAUGACGGAAAAUUAAGAAAUCAGAAGUGCUAUAAUCUAUGAUAAUCAAAUAUUUAAUUAAUUAAGUUAUAAUUCUCCAAUAUUGUGGAAGAUGUAUAAUAUUUUUACUAAUAAAUUUAAUAUUGUAAA